AUGGAUCACUUCUCUUGCCUCGUCCUUUCGUCUCCACCGCCACUAGAUGCAGCAUGGCUUCAAUACGAAGACGAUGCGAACCUGAAGGCGCCCAAGAAGGUCUACGCGUCGCCUGUCGAGCGUCAGCCCGUUUACGCAGAAGAAUGUCGCCAACUCCACGCAAAGCUCAUGGCCCAGGGUGCUCCAUUCCACCGCCUCUCUGAAGACAUCACGACGACGCACAGCACCACACCUUCCUCACUAGACAACUAUGAGAUCCCUAUCCUUCAAUUCAAACACACCCGAGUGGCUGAUCCCAAGGUGAUCGUCAUAUAUUACCACGGUGGCGGCCUUUAUGUCGGCGAGGCGGACAGCGAAGAGCUCUCGUGCCGACGCAUCGUCAAAGACGUCGAGAACAGCACCGUUUACUCUGUUGGUUACAGACUGAUGCCAAAGCACCCGGCAUCGACAUGCAUCUCAGACGGUGUGGACGCCAUCCGUGCCAUCAUCAAGCUCGUACCGUCUGACGUGAAGCUCGUGGUCGUCGGGUCCUCUAGCGGCGGCGUGCUGGCCACAAGCGUGCAGCAGUUGGUGCUGGAGAGACCACUCACUGGCACCGUGCUCCGAUGCCCUGUAACGAGCGACGGCGGCAGCAAUAUCGAGCACGUCCCGGAAAGGCUGCGGCCGGCGUACACGAGCGCCACCGAGUGCUUUGCGAAUGUGCUGCUCGGUGUGUUUAGGCGCGAGGAGGUUCGAGAUGGCCUGGAGCGGAUGCCGCUGGAGGCCAGCGUACAUGAGCUCCGCGGGCUCGGCAGGACAUGGGUGCAGGUCUGCGCGAACGACACGCUCUACUCCGACGGCGUCUGCUAUGCCAUAGCUCUGAAGGAGGCGGGAGUCGAGGUGGAAGUAGACGUCGUGGAGGGAUGGCCUCAUACAUUCUGGCUCAAGGCGCCGGCUCUACCACGGGCGGUAGAAGCUGAGGAAGCAAUGGUCAAGGGGCUGAAGUGGGUUUUGCAGAGAGGCUGA